CCAAGAGUUUGGGUUUCGUUUUGGCAAUAAGCAACAGUAGAGGGGUAAUUUCGGAAACUAAUCCAGCCUAUAUCUCCGCGAGCCUUCACUGACCUUAAACCCUAGCGCGGACGCCAAGCACUUUCUCAUCCGCCUACAUUUUGGAGCGCUCAGCAGUUUGAAGAAAAAAGCAGGCAGCAUGUAUCUUCAGUACUACAUAAACGAGAAUGGCAACAAAGUGUACACCACCAAGAGGGAAUCACCACUUGGGCAUGCUACGCAAUCUGCCCAUCCCGCCCGCUUCUCCCCUGAUGACAAAUAUUCAAGGCAAAGGUAUCUUCUGAAGAAGCGCUUUGGAUUGUUGCCAACCCAGCAGUCACCUCUAAAGUACUGACUACUUCACAUGUUUCAGCUGCUUUCAUGUCGUCGUUUGAAGUGUCUCGGAGCUUGAAGUUUUAAUAGGUGUGUUAUCUAGUUGAACCUUUUCGGGACUGUAACUGAAUGUCUACCACCGGUAUGUAGCGGCACCACAAAUGAUUGUGGACUGAUUAUCUGUUAAGGUUUUG